AUGUGGCCACGCUCUCGCCCCCCCCUUCCGGGGCAAGGAAGAUGGUCGAGCGCUUGGAAUCUCCAGGGUCGUGGCUGGGGGUCGAUCGAGACAGGAAUCGAUCUCGAUGUUCGAGAUCAUCGGCGUCGAAAUGAAAGCGCAACGAUCGUCAGGGACGGAAUUUUCCUGCCGAAUAAUGUUACCGUACAGCAGCUAGUAGCGAGCGAGCAGAGUGAAGUGUGGAGCUGGCGGCCAUCGGGAGCCAAGCGGGCUGUGGGCCUAUCACCGGCUGCUCCGCAGGCCCUCCUCGAUCUGACCUGCGUUGGCUGCUGUACGGAGUACUCCAAACGUACCGCUUGGCUUGAUACUUAUCUGGCCCCCGUCCAGCCCUCGUCUGGCCCUCCUCCAGCCCGCGCAUCAUCAAGCGCUGGCCCUGUCGAGAGCCGUGCCUCCGUGCUGAACUUGGAAGGUGCUAGCUUGGAAGAAGGAACUCUGCAGCGCCAGACGGACAGCACCGAAGUGCUCAAACGCUGCGGCAUCUUCCCAGCAUUAAUUUCUGCUCCAUCACACAUCUCGACAGCAAUCGUGGAGAAGUGUCCGCCCCCCUGCCGACCUGCGGCAGACUCGAUUGAGCAAUUCAGCCCGCACUCCACGGAUAGGCCUGUCAAUUUUGCAGGGGAUCUUCUUGCACACCCUUCUCCAGUGGUCCCCGAGACGGAUCUCUAA